AUGCUAAAGGAAGAUGCACAGAUGGAUUGGAAAUACAAUGUCUCUGUUAGCAUUGCAAAUUGGGCCCUGCUUGCUGGAUACUUGGUAAUUCCCGGAACAUUUACUUCCCUGAAAGAAUCAAACCAGAACCCGCCUUUGCUAGUGGUUUCUUGCUUAUUUCUUGCCAGUGGAGCCGCUGCAUUGACCGUGCUUUUCCGAAAACUUCAAAACAACUACGUAUGGCUCAUCAACAAGAUCUUCAUACCAGCUGCAUUGAAUGCAGCCGCUGGGCUUCUCACCACGCUCGUCAACAUUUACACAUCCCGAUCAGGCCACUGGUCUGUAAUGGCCAUUGUUACAAUCGUCGUGACUGCUGUUCUCAUGAUAGUAUUCUCUCUCUUAUUUACUUACUAUAAGUUCGUCAAAUUGAGAAGAGUGAUAGCAGAAGACGAGAAGGGACUUGAACACCAGAAUUCUUCACGGGAGCCAUCGCCUGUACUUCAUCAUGUGGACGCCAAUGAAACCGUGCAUCCACUGACAAACUAA